ACGGUCCGGUUAACCGAUACUUUAACCGGUCCAGGCUUGGCCGUGGUCCGGUUAACGAUUAACCGAUAGUUUAAAAGUGAUAAAUUUGAUAUAGAAGGCUUGAUGUUAAAAAUUCCUUACGUAAACGAGCUCAUCAGUGUCCGCCUGGCUGGGCAGAGAGGGAAUGAGAGUGAGAUAGAGAGAGAGGAGUGCUUGUGAGGAGUGGAAAGGGAAGAGGAGGGAAGUGGAAUUGAACGAUUGCAUGAAUGCGGGUGAGAACAGGCGAGGAAGCUGUGGUCAGGCUGGACUUAAUGGAGAACGCUGCGAAGAGGAGGUGUUUAGAAAAGGGAGCUACGCCUGCCGUUCAGGCCAUGGCGCAGCGUAAUAAGAAAUAUGAUCGUCAACUGCGAAUAUGGAAGGAGCAAGGACAAGAAGCCUUGGAGAAGACAAAUAUUUGUGUGCUCAAUGUUGGACCGACUGGUGCAGAAGCGCUGAAGAAUUUUCUCAGAAGCGUGGUGACAAAUUUUCUCUGGACCGGUUAACCGGUCCCAGAGAAAUUUGGGACAGGCUAAACCGGACCGACGGUUAACCGGUUAACCGUCAGUCCGGACCGGACCGUGGCCAAGCCUAGUUGAUUCCACGGGGACAAAGACUUGUGCAGCACAAGUCUUUAUGUCAUUAACAAACUCCUGCUGCUGCAGGUGUGCAGCUGGUGCCUAGCGUCUCAGCGCUGAAACUGAAAUCCACCCUUUUAUUGGCAAAGAACGCUCACAAGAGGUCUCAGAGUUGGCAUCUGGUUCAGAGUUCCCCAUUUCUCUGAGGUGAUCGGAUUUUGUCUCCUAAAAAGACUUCACCGUCAGUUUACCGCCGCCGUUCUGAGCAGAACAGACAAAACAAGGCCUUGCACUUUGCUUUGCUUCAGUAGAUAAAUCAGCUCAUUACCCUAUCCAAAUCCAGUUAAUGAUGUCACCACAAGUGAGGCACAGCUUACGGGGAAGCAGUGGCCUGUCCACGAUAUCAUCUACAUCCACUUUCUGUGGAGGCUAAUAUUCGCACCAGUUCAUCCUUUGCCGCAAUUAUUCUCCCUCCAUCUUUCAAGCUUUAUCUUGUUGGUAACCGUCUCAAUUCUUGUGAUGAAUAGCUGAUCUUCCUUGUUUGUGUCCUACUUCCCAAAAUCUCAUUUCCAGAACCAUUCAUGCUCCUCCUUCUCCCGCGUCCUACCGGCUUUUCUUUCUCGUCAUUAAAAGUCUGAAACUCUCGUGGUUCUAACAUGUCCUUUAUUUGGCACUAGACCUUCGAAUUCUUUAUUGUGAUGGAUGUCUCUGGCUCCUCCACCCCUUACACCUUAUUUGGCAGCAUCCUUUCACCUUGUUCUAAUUUUGGCCGAAUCCUUGUUCUUCUCCUACACAGUUUAGAAUAUCGAUCGUUGCCAGUGGGCUUGUUCCCUUGACAAGAAAUUCCAUGUACGAGAACGGACUCGAGUCAAAUCUCUUCCCGAAUUUAGCAGUUACGUGCGGAAACUGCCUUUGCACACUUCAAGGCAGCUAGGCACCGAGGCGGAUGUCGUUUGCUUUGAGAUACAUUAAGUUCUAGCUACAGGUUCCACGAUGAUUGAAGCGAUGAGUUGUUUUUUGGCCCAGUCGUAGGAACCAACAUUUAUAUUGUUCAAAAUAA